GCCUGAGCUGAGCGGGAGGGUCCGGGCCGAGAGGGGCAGCGGGCGGUGGGUGGGAGGGGGGAAAAAAAAUAAAGCAAAGUUUGCCGGAAAUUCGAAAUGAUUCGGCUCAGGCCGGAGCGACGAAACAGGGAUCGGAUCCUCCGGCUCGACUGAGCGGGCAGGAGCAGCCUUCCCGUCGCCGAGAGAGCGAGCGAGCGAGAGAGCCACAAACUCCUCGGAGUUAGACGAACUGCGUGGGUCUCCGCUGCGGGUCGGAGGCGGCUCAGGACCCCGUGAUUCCGUGGAGGCUGUUAGAUUUCUACUGUGGAGACCGUUGUGGGGCCAUUGGGACAAAAGAAGAUAAUAAAGAAGGAACUUUGGCUGUGAGUUCUCUGUGUGAAGACUGCUAUUAAAACCAUUUCAGGAGCCUUCAGCCAGAUGCUGUUGGAUGCAGUUAGGAGACUACUUUCGAGGUCAUGUGGACAAACAUGUUUGGACAGGACAUUACUUUAGAUCCUUGGAUUGAGUGCCUUUUUCAGACUUCAGAUCAGAACCCAGAUUGCCUCUUCUGACCUUACUGAUCUUUGCUAUGAGCAUUCCUUGUCAGUUUCUUACAAUGCUUUGCAUUGUUUUUACAAGAUAGGUGACCUGUGGUGAAAAUCAAGCAAGAAGGACAAUGACAAGCACAGUACCUUCCAAGAAGCCUUACCGUAAGGCUCCACCACAACAUCGUGAGAUUCAUCAUGAGCUGCCCAUUCUGUGUGAUGAAUAUGAUGGUGUGAUUUUGGCAGAGCAGAAUCAGGAACCCUUGACAGAUGCAGAAAGGAUAAAGUUGUUGCAGCGUGACAAUGAAGAGCUGCGUCGACGUCUGGCCUAUGUCACCAACAAAAUGGAAGCAAUGGAGAGGGAGUUGGAGUCUGGGCAAGACUACCUGGAGAUGGAAUUGGGCCAAAAUCGAGAAGAGCUAGAAAAAUUUAAAGACAAAUUCCGUAGAUUGCAAAAUAGUUACACAGCUUCACAAAGAACAAAUCAGGAUUUGGAGGAGAAGCUGCAUGCCCUGAUUAAAAAAGCUGAAAUGGAUCGGAAAACUCUUGAUUGGGAAAUUGUGGAGCUCACUAAUAAGCUUCUGGAUGCCAAAACAACUAUCAAUAAACUGGAAGAGCUUAAUGAGCGAUACCGGCUAGACUGUAACUUAGCAGUGCAGCUCCUGAAGUGCAACAAAUCUCAUUUUCGGAACCACAAAUUUGCUGAUCUUCCAUCUGAGCUGCAAGAUAUGGUCAACAAGCACUUGCAAAACACUCAGGAUUCUGUAGCCCCUGGCCAGGAGGAACUGCACACCUUGGCUCCCUCUGAUGUUGUGCCCACCUCAGUCAUUGCUAGAGUGUUGGAGAAGCCAGAAUCACUGGUGCUGAACUCAGCCAAAUCCAGCAGUGGAAGUUGCUCUAUGGCUGAAGAUGUUUUUGUGCAUGUAGAUAUGAGUGGCACGCUUCCUGAAACUUGUGUAAGUUCGGGGCAAGCAGAAAGCAAGGGGAAGGAGGGAUCUAGACAGCAAAAUGGGAGCUGCAAGCCACAGAACUGCUUGGAGAGCCUGCCAAAGGAGGUGCCUGCUUUUGAGAAACUAAGCCCAUAUCCCACCCCUCCCCCUCCCCACCCCAUGUAUCCAGGGCGGAAAGUCAUCGAGUUUUCUGAGGACAAGGUGCGGAUUCCAAAGAACAGCCCACUGCCCAAUUGUACUUAUGCUACCCGCCAAGCUAUCUCUUUGAGCUUAGUCCAGGGGGAGGAUGAGAACUGUGACAGGCAGCGCCCCCUUCCUAGCAGCCCAGCCUCAGGUCAACGCUCUGCCUCCAGCUGCUCCUACCAACCUUCCCCCAAGUUGAGCCGGGUUCCUGGAUCUUCUCAAAGCAGCCCCUUCAGCAGCCCCCCACAGGUUCCCAGCACAUUUGCCAGUUCCGCCAGCUCCGAGGAGGAUUUACUAGCUAACUGGCAGCGGAUGUUUGUGGAUAAGGCUCCUCCUACCACAGAGCACGUGCUAGUAAACCGUACUGCAUUUAGUCGUGACACAGCACAGGAGCUCCAGAAACGUUUCAGCCGCUCCAUGCAAGAGUUAGGUCGGGUAGCUUCCGCCUACUCAGAUGGUGAAGAAUCCGUGCAGAGCUACAGCUGGACUGUAAGCAGAGACUCAAGCGUGGACAUCGACAGCACAGAGUUUCGAAGUCGCCGGAACCACUUCUCUUCUGACUACAGCACAGAUUUCUCCCAGGACGAAAGCUGCAAAUUGCUGCAAGGGUCUGGUACUGAGGGGAUGGCAGAGCCUGUCACUUCUUCACCAGAGAAGUCCAAAGAUUACAUAGACUACUCAUCUGGGAGCCCAGGUGAAGAACAGGAAUUGUUGCUCCUGGAAAGCAGGGUGAAUAGCCAGGAGGGGGUUUCUGAGCAGAGCAAGGAUGGUAAGAGCAAGCCACCUCCUGGGCGCCCACAUCGCAGCCCCAAGAGAAUGGGGGUUCAUCAUUUACAUCGGAAGGACAGCUUAACCCAGGCUCAGGAGCAAGGCAACUUACUUACUUGAGAAUGGAGAAGAAGAAUUGUCUUGGCUACCCAGGUUGAGUGUUGCAUUCUCUUCCCAGGGUUGCUCUUCAAGCCCUGAGACUCAAGGGAUUGCUAUCACAUUAUUUUUGGCCAGGAAUUCUAGGCAAUGUUUAAGUAUUUACUGUCUUUUUAAUACACAGGAAAGGGGAGACAGCUCUUCUCUAGCACCAGGAUGCACUUGGAUGUAUGCUGGCAACUCUUUUGUGCUGAUGUUGACUGCUCAAGCACUCCUCAGGUGUGGAUAAGAGAGAGAAUUGUGCUCUCUGUGCCUGCCUUCUUCAACCUGUUCUCCUUGUCUUGAAGGCCAAGAUCUAGAAAAUAGUUAACACUGAGUCCAAUUAUAAUAGUAUAUAUGAUUGGAAAACCAGCACAAUUUUAGAUCUACACAAGCACUCUUAACUGUAUGAAAUUGAAUCUAGUGUUAAUUACCUUACAGACCUUCCCUCUUAAGGUAAAGAACAAUGGAGCAGUUGAAACAAAGGCACGCUUUCUAUCUCCCCUCCAUGCGUCCUUUCUCAAAACGCUUGGUGAGGGGUUCCACCUGACUUCAUUUCUUUUCUUCAAAAAGUCUGCCUUCACACUUACUGAUCAGUUCCAAUUAAUUCAAAUUAAGUCCUGAGACACCUGAAGCCUAUAUUUCUACCUUUUUGGCUUGUGGCACGAGAUAGGAAUAUUUAGUCCCUAUUUUCUUGCCUCAGUCUCCCACCAAGCCAUCAGGUGAAGAAGAUGAAUGAAGUGAAAAGCCUUCUGUGAAUGAAUAUCCUCAUUUCUGUAAGCUUUUGGUGAAUUCUGUAACAUUUUGGUGAGUUCAUGUUUGUUUCUCCAAGCCUUCCUGUGGCUAUAUGCAUAGGUCAACAAGGCAGAUGAGGCACAGGAAUCACCUCUACCGUUUCUUUGCAUGUUGCAUAUGGGGAGUGGGGCUCCAUAUUCUGGAAGUUGGGGUUUUCUGCCAAACUAGAUCUCAGACUCCCUGCCAUAAUCUCCCAACUUGAGCUAGAUUGUUUGCCAUAAUGAGCUGAGUCUGUGUAGCUGUCUGUUUAGCUAUCACUUGGAUACUCUGGAUCAUGAUUUGGUGAUAGUAUACUAUCUAUGUUUUCCUUUGGAUUAGUCUUCCUCACUCUUAUUCUUUAGACGUGUAGGGGCUAAAAUUCCCAGCAAGUGUGACUGUAUAGGGCUGUGUGGUUUCAACACUUCUGGGAGGGGGAUGCCAAAUUGAGGAGUGCUGCUUCAAGUCUUCAACUGUUAAUAUGUACUUCUGUCUCCAUUUUUGGGUGAGCAGAAAAGUGUUGUGGGAUGGAGUGGUACAUACUGUAGAAGAGAUAUUUCAGCUUUUUGAUCUUGAGUCACUUUACGUCUGGUCCAUAAAAUUAUUUCACUAGCUGAGGAAAAAAUUCCCAUUAAUCCAAGACUAAACCAUACAGCCAGCUUGCCUCUUGAUGACUCUUCUUGGCACAAAAUUAGAUACUUCUUGUUUGCCCCCUUGGAGACGGCUGAUGAGGAUGGGCAUCCCAAUAUGGGGUCCAAAUUGACACUAGUGCCUUUCCAAGGCCUUACCCAAGGUCUUUUAUUCCCUUUCCCCCUUUUUGGUUUCCUACUUGUAUUCAGUAUUUUGUUCUUCCUUUCUGGCUGUUUUUGUGUGUUAUUUGCGCAUUUGAGGGGAGGGACUAAUUUCAUAGUGUUAAGAAUUUUUCAUUAAAGAAUCAAACUUCCAUAUUUGAAUUCAUUAACCUGCCCUGCUAUUCAUGCAACCAGAGAAACUUCUUGGCUACUUCGCUUAAUUAUUUUUGUCAGUUAUUUGUUUGAAUGAGAUUUUGGAAAUUUUCUGUUAGAGAAUAUUAUGGCCUUUUUUUUUUCAAAUACAGCAAUCUGGUCAUAUCUGACCUUUUGGAUAUGGUCGUGUUUAAAUUCUUAUUAAUGGACCAUUCCUUUAGUUAAGCUGCUAGCUACUGCAUUGUAUUAGUGAGAUGUAACACAGUAUUUUUUGAUAAUAAACUGGUGCUAAAGAUAUUAUUCCUUUAGCUUACAUAAUACUUAAUGGUCUGAUUUCUUUAGCUGAUAAUUUACUUACUUCCUUGUUCAUUCUCUUGAUUUAGUUUGUGAAUUCCUUGAAUUUUCUCUGCACUACAUGGAAGAGGACAAAGGUCACUAUUUUUUUCUGUUUCAGUCCUGUAUUCUUUUAAUCCGGUUACUGAUGGAGAUAGGGCAGCUUGGUGACCUUUUAUUUAAACCAGUAUUGGUUGAAUCUUAUCUAGUUGAAAUGAAAUCAUUCUCGUGAGCUAAUUGGGUCAAUGGAAUCGAUUCGAGACCAUUUCGGUUACAAUAUGUUAAAUCCAGAUCCAGUUCUCCUUUCUGUGUUUGGCUACAUAAACCAUUCCGAAGCUGGCACAAGUAUAGCUGAUAACCAAAUAAUCUAAAUAUUUUUUUCCUUCUCUCUUUGGGUAGAUAGCAGGGACCCAUAAAAUUCAGCUCAGGGUCGCUAUCAUCCCUUUUUUGGCCCUCACAGCCCUCCAUGUUGGUGGGAUCUAAAAUUUUGGACUUUUUACAUUUUUUUGAAAAAAAAAGUUGGAUGUGGUUUAAGGGCCAGAAAUGGAUUAUUUAAAGCCCUGCAGAGGUUAUGGGUACCCAUUUAACCCCUUCUGUAAGUGACCUUUGAAGUGCUGUUGACAUGCCACCCAAGCACUCAGGUAAUCCUGUAGGGAAUAACUUAAUGGGCUAAAGGCUGGGAGAAGAAAGCGAGAAGAAAGGAAAUGUUUUUUUAUUAUUAUUAUAAAUGAAUAGUAUAAUUUAUCAAGUGAAUUUACUGUCCUUGUGCAAUCUGGCUUCUUAGCUCUUCACCUCUGGCAGUAUUUUGUUGGAGAACUUGAAUUGACUCAUUUAGCUGCUCCCACACUUUAGAGUCCCAACUCAAGACUGUUAAUCUACAACUAAAAUGUUUUGGUGGUGGUGGUGUGUGUUUUGUUUUGGGGUUUUUGGGGUUUUUUUUUGUUUUGUUUUGUUUUGAGAUUUUCAAACUGAUAAUGUAUAUUUUAAAGGCAGAAAUAAAACUAUUUUAAAAAUA